GGGAAACCUCAGGCAGAAGAAACAAAAGAGAAAAUUUAUCAACAUCUGAGAAAAACAAAAUCAACAUUAGAGAAUCCUCAGGCAGAAGAAACAAAAGAGAAAAUUUAUCAACAUCUGAGAAAAACAAAAUCAACAUUAGAAAAUCCUUAGAAAGAAGAAAUAAAAGAAAAAAUUUAUCAACAUCUGACAAAAACAAAAUCAACAUUAGAGAAUCCUCAGGAAGAAGAAAUAAAAGAGAAAAUUUAUCAACAUCUGACAAAAACAAAAUCAACAUUAGAGAAUCCUCAGGAAGAAGAAAUAAAAGAGAAAAUUUAUCAACAUCUGACAAAAACAAAAUCAACAUUAGAGAAUCCUCAGGAAGAAGAAAUAAAAGAGAAAAUUUAUCAACAUCUGACAAAAACAAAAUCAACAUUAGAGAAUCCUCAGGAAGAAGAAAUAAAAGAGAAAAUUUAUCAACAUCUGACAAAAACAAAAUCAACAUUAGAGAAUCCUCAGGAAGAAGAAAUAAAAGAGAAAAUUUAUCAACAUCUGACAAAAACAAAAUCAAUAGUAGAGAAACAAAGGGGAAAAUGACUCUUAGAAUUUAACCGCCAAUAGAGAAAAAGGAGAAAAUAAAUUCACUUCAACAAAAACAGAAGCAACAAACCAGGUCUAAAAUUAAAGAUAAAAAGAAAACCAUGGAAUACAUAAAGCAAAAAUUUGAACAAUCAAUAAAAGAAGGACCUAUAUAUAUUUGCACAUCCUGCAACAGACUUUUGUAUCGUAAAUCAGUCAAAUGCUUUUCUUUGAAGAGA